AAGAAGUGUCGUAAUAUAGACAAACUGAUAGUCUAGGCUUGGCUACUCAAAAUUAGCCUAUCUAACGUCGAGUAGCCUACAAUGACAGUAGCCUAGGGAUGGCUAACUGUGUGUCGCGCACAUAGCGCAGCGCUUCAUGUCAAUCAUGUAGCCUACAGUCUGACUGUUUAAAACAGUGUUAUCGAUAGUCAAAUAUGAACAGUCACACGGUGACAGACAUAUUGGGGGAGUGUCACGCAUGUGUGGAAAAAGGCGCCGUGGAGGCCACCGUGGACUCACUACAGGACUUCACUACAUGCAGAGAGACCCUAUCUGAUGAACUGGUCAUACUGCUGCAGGAGGCUGCGGACAUGAAAUGGCCAUUUGUGCCCGAGAAAUGGCAGUACAAGCAUUCCUUGACCUCGAAGGACAAGGUCAACCUUAAGGACAUCAUCAGUGAAAACUUGUUCCAACUGCUGGCCUACUUGAAGGCAGCCAUCUUGGCUGGGCAGCCUCUCUGGGCAGCCUCUGCCAUCUUCCUGGUUGACCGUUUCCUGUACUGGACAGACGACUCUCGACAGCUUCUGAGGAUCACCAGAAAGUUGCAUCAGCGCUACCCGGGCACACCUAUCGCUCCGCAGGUGGUCAUUCGACAAGCUCGGGUCUACUUCAGCACAGGUAAGCUACAGAAGGUGGAGUACAUUCUUGGCAAUCUAAUAAGGAACAGUGGAUCAACAGGAUGCUGGAAGUAUCACACCGACACUGAUCGAAUUCUUGUACAGGCUGUGAGUGUGCAAGUUCGUGGGCAAGUUCUUCAGAAGCUGGGGCUUUGGUUUGAGUCAGCAGAAUUGAUUUGUGCUUCCUUGGCUGGGUUUUACGCUCUUCCUCAGCCUGAUAAAAAGGGAAUUGGAACAUCACUGGGUAUCCUUGCAAACAUACUGGUAUCCAUGGAUGACAAGGACUUCCACAGGUUUAGGACAAGUGAAGACACUCAUAUGUCUUUCCUUGGAAAAAUCCAACAUCGUCUACUUUCUGCAGCUGAGGCAGCUAAAAUGGCUGUGGUCUACAGUCAAUAUGCCUCACUUUAUGUGCUAACGAACGUGGUUGCCCAAGGGACUUGCCUUCUGUCAUAUAGUUUCUCAACAGAGUGUCCGCCAGCAGAGAAAGCCACUUAUCUGACCCAAGCGAAAGAGGCAUUUGAAAUCGGUCUGCUUACUAAAACUGAAGAGGAUGUGGUGACUAGCAAACAGGAAUUACAUACAUUCGUGAAAGCAGCUUAUGCAUUAGCAGUCAUCCAUAAGUGGCUUGGUAGCCCUUACAGCCUAGUGGCAGAAACUACUCAAGUUUGUCGGGAAGCAUCUACAACUUAUUACACUUACUGCUUCACAGAGAGUGCUGAUAAGGAAAAAUUGUGCAGAGAGAUCAUGCGGUUGGUGCAAAAAGUUAAGUCACUGCUGAAGGUGGAGCCAUUUGUGAAUUCUGACCCAGGAUCUUUCAUCCCAGACACCUACAGGGCGGCAGAGGAUAAAAUAGUCGUCUUCACCCUGGAUGACUUUGCUAAGGUCAUGAAGAAAUUUCAGCAACAUCACCAUUCUGUUUGUGAGUCUUUUAAAGCAAAUUGCCACAGACACGAUAAUGCAGAAUUGGAGACGUCAUCUGGAAUCUGUAUCACAUCUUUUGGAACAGCCACUGAAAUGGCUAACACAGAAUGCAACACGGAGAGCCAAGUAGACAAAGGACCAUCUGGUGUCCAACAGGAUGUGACGAAUGACAUUACUCCAUCCUAUCGGUCGUCAACGAGACAAUCUGCCCAUUUACCUGGAAAUCAAGGAGCUGUAGAUACAGCAACCAGCAAUGAGAUGCAACCAGAUGGGAAGAAGGAAGCAAAGUUCUCUUCUGGCUUGCUCAGUAGUAGCUUAGGGUCCUCAUGGGGCAACAUGAUGAGCAUCAGUGGGAACAGUAAUCAUACACCAAAUGCUCCAAAAGGCCAGGUUGACUCAAGUUGUCCCACGGAGAGUGACGGCGAUGACUCGUCAAUCUUGUUAGAUUCUCUGGUGCUUGGCUCAUCUGCGGCCUCCAUAGCCAAACCUGGACGUGAGAACGAAGACAAAGGUAGAAGAGAUGCAUCAAAUGUCUUCCCUCCGUCACAGUUCACUUCUCAUGUCAGAGCAGAGAGAGAGCGCAACAAGAGCCACCGUACACCUCUGUCCAAACAAAGUGCUACAAAGACAAUACUGGACCAAAGAAGCAUAGAGACAGAAGAAGAUGAGACAGAUAUGCCAAACUUGAACAUCCGUAUUCCCAAAGGAACUACCCAAGGCAUUAAAGAGAGGUCUUCCUCUAGUUCUUUGAGCAGUAGCUUUGGCUCACUGUCAUCUUGGCAGAAAGUGCCUUCUCUUGACACAGAAUCGUCUGCUGAUAAUAGUUCUAAGAUUGGACAAGGCAAAGAUAUCCCAACAAACACGGGUGAUGAAACAUCUCCAGGUCCUUCAAUGCUUUCCCAUUUGUCUAAGCAAAGAGGUGGAAAGGGCGACAAAGAUGGUACAAUACUUGCACCUGGAAAGACUAUAACAAAGACUAUGCCUGAUCAAAGCAGCAUAGAAACAGAAGAAGAUGAUCUGAAUUUUGAGAAUAUCAGCCACACAUCACAGAAUUUCAAAGAAGCAAAUCAAGGCAACAAAGAGAGGUAUUGUUCUAGUUCUUUAAGCAGUAGCUCUGGGUCAUCAUGGCAGAAAAUUCCUUCUCUUGCUACAGGAUCAUCAAUUGAUGAAGGCCAAGAGGUUGUCGGAGGCAAUGAUAUUCCAACAAACCAAGAUGACAGUGGUAAAAAGUGCCAGGAGUCCACAGCAGGAUCUAUUUCAUCAGGGCAAAGAGGUAGAGAGGGCAACAAAGGCAAAACUAGAGCUGUGUCUGCUACAAUUCCAAAAAUGAUUUCUGACCAAAACACGGAAACAGAGGAAGAUGAGCCAGAUAGGUUGAACCUAAACCAUACAUCAACAGGUUUCAGAGGGUUAGCGCAAGGACACAAUGAGGUAUCUUUUUCUAGUUCUUUGAGUAGUAGCUUUGGGUCAACGUCUUCCUGGCAAAAAGUGCCUUCCCUUGAUAAAGGAUCGUCAUUUAAUAGUGAUAGUGGCUUCACAAGAAGACGUGAAGAUGUCCCAGCAAACACUGGGAAAAUUUGUGAAGCUACUGACCCUUCACAAAAACAUCAUACAAAACCUGAUCAUGGUGGUCCCCAGAAGAGUAGUAAGGACAGUUCUGAGAUUGAGGCAGACAUUUUGGAUCCUCUUCCUCGUUCAGUCUUUACCCAAGAUGUCACAAAGCCAAAGAAAGAAAUCUCUUCAAAUAGCAGUCAGCAGUCUAUUGGAAAUGUCACUUGUAAGAAAUGCUUCCCUCCACACCUUGUUGAGAUGGGUGUGUUGAGUGAUAUUCUGACACGGCAAGAUUACAAUGCACUACUUGCAGGGGUGUGCCACGAAUGCCUGAUCAACAGACUACCGAAGAAGACAAUUCUGGCCUUACCUAACAAUAAAGCCUAUGGUGCACUUUUACUAAAGUUUUCGAAGACCACUGGCUUGUGGACUGGCCGUGAGACAAAUCUAUACAUCGGUGACUAUCUGAAGGAAGGCACACAACGGAAAGCAUUCCAGGUUCAGUUCCUUCACCAGGAAGAACUCUUGGGCAGUUAUGUGGGAAAGCAGUAUUACAAUUUUGAUGUGACCGUCCAUGACCACCUCAACGAUGUGGAAAGGCAGAUGACGGCUCAGUUCUAUGUGACUGAGUUCAAUAAGAGGUUGUACGAAAAGAGCAUCACAGCGCAGAUCUUCUUCAUCCCUUCUGAAGUCCUGCUGAUUUUAGAAAGAGACACCAUCAUUGGCUGUGUGACAGCAGAACCAUACAUGCUGGGGACUUUCAGCAAGCUCACCAACAACACGAGAAAAGUCAUCAGGAAAUAUAAGGCUUUUGAGUAUGGUAUUGCCUUUGGCCACUUUACUUAUGAGUUCUCCAGAAACGAGGAGGUUGUUGUGGACCUCCAAGGUUGGGUGUCAGAGGACGGUAAAGGGCUGACAUACCUCACUGACCCCCAGAUCCACACCCUACGGAAGCCCCCGAGCAGGACCUCCAACUUCCAUCAGAGAGGCAUCAAUCUGUUCCUGGAGGGACAACAUGGCCCAGAAUGCAACGAGGUCUGCAAACUGCUCUGUCUGGGGAAACUGCAGAUGCCCAAAUUUGCACUGUAAUGUCUGCAAUAUGUGCUCUGAUGACUACUGUAUGCGUAUGAAGAUGAAAUACUUGAAUUGGUCUAUUUGAAAGACAAACAUCAUUAUGGCUUUUUAAAUUAUAAAGGAGAUGAGUAUUCAUUAAAAAAUAUAGUGUUUUAAUCAUGACAGAAUAAUUAACAGAGCAAAAUAAUCAUACUCUGUUAAUUUAACUCUUGUCUGUAAUGCUAAAUGUAUG